CUCUCUAAAACGCAAAGCCCAUUCUUCAUUUUGACAUCGUCAUAUUCAAGGAAUACUCCAUUGCCGUCUCUCUCUCUCUCUAAAAGGCACAGGCCUUUCUUCAAUUUAUUCACAAAAUCCAUUGCCUUCCGUCUCUCUCUCUCUCUCUCUAAAAGGCAUAGGAGUUUCUUCAAUUUAUUCACAAAAACUCCAUUGCCAUCUCUCUCUAAUGCUCAAAGCCUAAAGCACCAUCUUUCCUCAUUCUUCCUCUUUACUGCCCAAUCUCUCUCCAAACCACAACAAACCCACCCUGCUCUCUCUCUAGACUGCAACACCCUCUCUAGGCCACAACAAACCCACCUUCUUUCUCUCUCUAGCCCUGACAUUUUUUGGCUUCAGUCCUUUACUUUUUCUUUGCAUUCCUCAGAAGUCCUUUCCCUCUUCACGAGUCACUUUCUCUCUCUCAACAAGACAACAAACUUCCUGGUCCUGGUAACGGUCCAUCGUUUCUCUCUCUAAUAUCCUCUCUCUCUCUCUCUAGGAACACAUGUCUCCUGCUUCUCAAUCCACGUACGCCACCAUACCCAUCUCAAACGGCAACCCCAUCUCCCUCUCUCUCUCUAACCUCCUCUCCUACUACUCCAUCAACCACAAGCCAUGGCCGGAAUUCCUCUCCACCGCAGCUUUCCGGCGGCCUGAAAACUUGUCCGGCGCCCUCUCCAGGCUCCGGACAAACGCCAUAUGCUUCCGGGUAAACUACGCCGUGCUCAUUCUCUCCAUCGCAUUGAUCAGCCUCAUCCAAUGGCCGUUAUCGCUUCUCGUGGUGGCGGCGAUCUUGGCGGGAUGGCUCUUGCUGUAUUUUUUUAGGGAGGAUCCGUUAGUGGUGUUUGACCGUGGGAUCAAUGAUCGGACGGUCCUGAUUGGGCUGGUAGUGAUCACUUUGGCUGGACUGUGGUUAACUGGGGUGGUUGCAACUCUGGUUGGGGCUUUGGGAAUUGGGGUUUUGAUUAUGGGGGUUCAUGCCAUUUUUAGAGAAUCAGAGAGUUUGUAUAUGAAUGAGGAGGAAGCUGUAUCAGAAGGGUUGAUUGGAUCAAGAAAGCCUGACUUUGUUUAGACUUUAGCGAUUGUGACUGGCUUUUCAUUGAUUUUUUUAGUUGAUUGGGUUUGAUUGGUCUUUGUAUUGGGAUUUUGAUGGAAUUGGGUUGGUUGGUUUUUUGUGGAUUUUGUUGAAAUUGGAUUUGUUGGUUUGGUUUGAAUUUUGUUAGAAUUGGAUUUUACAGGGAUUUUGAUUGUUGGGAUUUCUGACAUUUUCAGAGAAUCAGAGAGUUUGUAACUUUGUAUAUGAAUGAUGAGGCAUUGUAUCAGAAGGGUUGAUUGGAUCAAGAAAGCAUGUAUUUGUUUAGACUUCAGAGAUUGGGAGUGGAUUUUCAUGGA